AUGUUCUCCCUGUUUUCUGCCCUGGCUGUGGAGCGCUAUCGCAAACUGUCGAGCCAGAGGAGCCUGGCGAAGCAAGCUGCUGCCACUAGCGAUGCUGUCGCAAACUCAUUACAGGAUGCGGAGGCGGAUCCAGACUUACCCCCAAUGCCUCUCAAUGAUGGGAAAUUACCAGAUGACCCAACCACGCCGGCCCUUCCCGAAAUAUCUCAAUUACCUCACAUUUGCGAUCGCUGCCAUGACCUGAUUCAUCAUAACAAAGGCGUUUCCACUCCUAAACCGUCGAUCGAUUCCAUUCGAGAAUACCUAGACGAAUCGCCCUACAAGAACAACCGCAUAUACCACAUACUAGAUGCCGCCGAUUUCCCAAUGUCCCUUGUCCCACGCAUACAUCACGCGCUUGAGAUCCAGGAGCAGCGCUCUCGCAACCGAAGAGCUUCCAACGAGAAAUAUUCGCGCGGCCAGAAACUACCUACAAUCAGCUUCAUCAUCACCCGUUCCGACCUGCUAGCAGCUACAAAGGAACAAGUCGAUUCAAAAAUGGAGUAUGUUAGGACUGUCCUGCGUGAAUCUUUGGGCAAGGCCGGGAAAGACGUUCGGCUGGGAAAUGUGCACAUGAUUAGUGCAAAGCGAGGAUGGUGGACAAAGCGUGUCAAGGACGAGAUUCGGGAACACGGCGGAGGAAUCUGGGUGGUCGGUAAGGCGAAUGUGGGGAAGAGCAACUUCAUUCAAGCCUGCUUCCCCAAGGACUCGAAGAGUCUGGAGAAUAUGGAGGAGUGGAUCGAGAUGCGAAGACAAGAUAGUGCGAUCGGACGCCAGCCGGAAGCUUUCGAUCCGAACAGCCUCUUGCCUCCGGCGCCCCGUGAAGACACUUUCCCCGUCCUGCCAGUAGUUUCUGCUUUACCGGGAACCACCGUCUCUCCUAUCCGCAUUCCCUUUGGUCGGGAUGGGCGAAUCAAGCCUGAAAACCGCGCUAUCAAGCCUGGUCAAUCUCUUCUCCUCGGCGGCGGGCUUGUUCGCCUGACCGCAGUGAACCCGGCAGAUACAGUCAUGGCUGCUUGUUUCGUGCCGAUCGAGUCCCAUAUCACAAACACAGAGAAAGCGAUCGAGAUCCAAUCAGAACAGCGUCCCUACUCUGGCAAAAUCCUAAUGAAAGAGGGCACUGGAGAAGUGAUCUCUUCCGCGGGCAAAUUUGAUCUCAAGUGGGACGUCACCGAGUCACAUUUGCCCAGCAGCGUCGCAAAGGCUGUCAAGGACCACGGGGUACCUAUUCCUCGAUUGCCAUACCGUGUUAUGGCAGCUGAUAUCCUGAUCGAGGGCUGUGGCUGGAUCGAGGUCAGCGUGCAAACCCGCCGCCGACGCGAGAACGAAGAUGGCCCAAUUUCGUAUCCUCAGGUUGAAGUGUUUACGCCAAAUGGUGGAUUCAUUGGAUCUCGACCGCCGAUUGAGUGCUGGAGCUUCAUCGCCGAGAAGCUCAAAGCUGAUAAACGCAAAAGACCUCGGCGGCGCUUUAUCUACAAAUAG